AUCAUUUUUACAAACCACUAUGGCGAGUGGUGUCGACGAAAAACAGAAUGGAAAAAUAGAAACUGAAUUACGGGAUGAAGCUAUUGAAUUACUGGAAAUGAAAUCGAAAGAAAACGGGAAGGAAAAAGAGAUUUCUGAAAGAGAAGAUGACGAAGAUACAGAAGUCACACUUCAGCUUCAAAACUCAAGUUAUUGCACAACAAUUCUUCUGAUGACGAUAAUAGCGACUGUACCAAUGAUCAACUACGGAUUAACCUGCCUGAAUCCUACGAUUCCUGUCCUGCAAGAGAUGUAUAACAACACGUAUAUGUCUCGAUAUUCCGAACCAAUGCCGGAUUCUACAUGGGAGAUGUUGAAAGCUCUGACAAUGUCAAUGAUCGUUGCCGGAUCUUUCGUUGGAUCACUCAGUCUAAAAUCUGUGUUGAUGUUUCUCAGCAGGAAGCAAUGCAUGAUCGCUGUACAUGGAAUCAACAUUUUGGGUGCUCUCAUCAUAUGCCUUGGUGCAGGACUCAGUAAAGCCUACGAACCAAUGAUAAUCGGGAGAUUCGUGAUGGGAUUGGCGAACGGACUUGCACUCGGCCUUAUACCAGUGAUCAUAGGCGAAACGUGUGUGAAGUCCAGAUGUGCAGUCUACGAUGGACUGAUUGGCGUAUUACUUGCAAUCGGAGCAUUGUUUGGCGUCAUAUUGGGAUGGUCAGAGGUGUUCGGAACUCCUGAACUAUGGCCUUUAAUCAUCAUAACCCCGGCAAUACCAUCUGCAAUUUAUAUCACAAUGUCUCGCUGGAUAACAGACACGCCGUAUUACAUCAUGAGAAACGGAGACAGAGCCGAACUCAUGAAAACUAUGGUGAAAUUGCGGGAUGGACCAGAGGUAGGAUAA